AUGGUGUUCACUUGUGCAAUCAGCGGAGAACCUGCCGAAGAGCCUGUAGCUGCUCCAUCAGGCCACAUUUAUGAAAAACGGCUUAUUUUGAAAUAUAUUAUCGAAAAUGGUGUUGAUCCUGUUACUAAUGAGUCUCUGGACGAGAAACAGCUGAUUCCACUAAAAACGGGUGCUGUGGACACUACGCCUCGUAAUGUGGCUGGAACAUCUAUUCCAUCACUCCUGAAGAUGUUACAAGACGAGUGGGACAGUGUGAUGUUGAACAGCUUCUCACUUCGACAGCAGUUACAAACCGCACGCCAGGAACUUUCACAUUCUCUCUAUCAGCAUGAUGCCGCUUGCCGUGUGAUUGCUCGCCUCACAAAGGAAUUGACGGCCGCUCGUGAAGCUCUGUCGACCCUUAAGCCGCAUGCUGCUAACGUUACGCAUGCAGCUGGCGAUAUUGACAUGGAACAAAGUGUGGAUGAAGCUCAAGGCAUUUCGGAGGCAGUCCUCGCCCGCUUGGAUGAGAAAGCAAAAACGUUAACGGCGGCUCGUAAGCAACGAGGAAAGAAUCUCCCAGAAGAGCUCACGAAACAGGAUGAAUUUGCGUCAUUCCGCGAAUCAGCUUGUCAUACUGGAAUCCACAGCACCGGAGUACCAGGCGUUACCGCUCUUGAUGUUCAAGUUACGCGUGUAUGGACAACUGGUGAGGAAAGCUGCAAAGCCCUCAUCGACAUUCACCAAGCAGCUGUUACAGAUAUCUCGCUUCACGCCACUGGAGACUAUGUCCUUUCUGGUGGUCAAGAUGAUUCUCAUUGGGCUCUCAGUGAUGUGAACACUGGAAAAACUCUCUGCAAGGUUCGCGCCGAUGACAACUCAUCUGUUGCUGUUUGCUGCGGACAAUUCCAUCCAGACGGUUUGAUUUUCGGCACUGGAACGGCCGACGCAGUUGUGAAAAUUUGGGAUUUGAAAGAGCAAACGAAUGUUGCCAAUUUCCCUGGUCAUCAAGGUGCAGUACGUGCUAUAGCGUUUUCGGAAAACGGUUAUUAUUUGGCUACCGGGUCGGAAGAUGGCGAGCUUAAACUAUGGGAUCUGCGUAAAUUGAAGAAUUUGAAGACGUUGAGUUUGCACGAUGGCAAGCAUUCCAUCAACAAUAUUUGCUUCGAUCAUUCUGGAACGUACCUGGCGGUGGGAUCUAGCGACGUGGAAGUAUUACAUGUGAAAUCGUGGCAGAUGUUUUGGAUAAGGUGUGCACUAUUUAGAAUGAAUUUUGUGCGUCGGUGGACGCUAAGCGAAGAAAAACCGUCAUCCCGUAGGCGCAGUCGUUCCCGAAGUAGUUCGCGGAGGCCACGACUCGAUAUUCUCAACGAAGAAAGCAGUGAACGUAGAGUGCGGAAACGUGAGCUGGCUGGCUCGGGUGCUAGUGCGAAUCAUCACUCAAAGCGAAGAAAAACCACACCCGCGUCUUUUUCAUUCAGUUGGUUUUCUUUUACUUCAGUUAUUGUAUCGCAAACUGAAUGUGAUUUCUUCUUCAAUCCAGUGAAGACUGUGUACCGGUUAAUAAGUGGCGAGGACCACGAAGAGGCCAAGAUUGAGGACCAGUUUUGUGAAUCGUCAUCCAAAGCGAACGGCUUCGAGACUACCAUGUCGUUGGAUAAAGAUAGCAGGAAAAACCGAUUCACGUUCCCGGCUCAACCAGCGUUAGUCAUUUUCAUAUUCUUUCAGCAUGAUCGAACGGCGGUGGAGCCAGAUGUAAUUGAGUUAUCAGAAUCUGAUGAAGCAGAGCGAUCUGAUGAUGUGUUAUGCAUGGGCAUACAACCGAGCUGUAGCGGAGUUGAGAUUCAAGAUGAGGAUGAGGAGGAAGUGCAGGUUGUGGAUGAGGAGGACGUGCAGGUUGUUGAAUUUGUCAAGGAAGUGGAACGACAAGAGGACGCUGAUGAUGUUGAAGUUGUUGCCGAAAUAUGUCACGCACCGAAAGGUGCUUUAGCAGCAAGCCGAAAAUCUGUCGAGAGCGCAAGGGAUCAGGUGACAUCAUUAUCAUCAAUAGCGAGUCCAGCUCGAUCUAACUCUUCCGCAUCCAUUUGCCUUGAUGGCAGAACUCAUGGCGAUCAAGUGAGUACAUCAUCACCUGCACCUGAAGACAGCAUUAGUCGACAAGGAACUCCACAUGGACUUCGUUUCGAAGCGCCAUCGCCUCGGAGUGAUCCGUGGCAGCGUCGGAAGUCGAAAAUUUCGAAAGGGAAGUCUGCAGGCUCGACGCAAUCCUCAGCUAUAGAAAAACCAAUUGCCUCAGUUAUGCGGUGUGAAAAGCACAAAAGCUCGAAUGUGAACUUAGCUGCACGAGAUUAUUUAUUGGAUAUGAUCGAGAAGAUGGGUGGCAAUGCUGUCAAGUACCCAUCUCGAGAUGAUCUAGCGUCUUCUUGCCUUUCCGAGCCACUAGGCGGAUGGUCGACGAAUAUGAUAGCCUCAGAAGAGUUCGAAAUGUUCUGGAUAAGUAUGGGAAGCAUAAAUCUAGCAGGAAAGCUGUCGAUUCGAGCGCUCAUCCUGAUGAAGUUGCCAGAGUGGUUGAGAGGCAGUCGUCUUCCGAGCAAAGCGAGUGAAGAUGGGGAUAAUGCUGCGUCACUAUCUGGAUCUGCUGUUACAGAUGAUGCCUCUGAAGCUAUUGAGCGGCAAAGGUAG